AGCCCAUCUUGAAACCUAGCUACAUUACAUAAACAAACCUCUUCAGCAUCCGAUCUCCACAAGAUAAAGGAGGACAACAACAACAACAACGCCGCCGGCUGCCGCCCUCAUCCGACGAACGCCAUGCCGUCACACAAGACAUUUAUGAUCAAGAAGAAGCUUGCCAAGAAGAUGAGGCAGAACAGGCCUAUUCCUCACUGGAUUCGCAUGAGGACCGACAAUACCAUCAGGUACAACGCUAAGCGCAGGCAUUGGCGUAGAACCAAGCUUGGAUUCUAAGUUGGUUUUGCAGUUAGUCAAAUUUAACCAAGAAUCAAAGUUUUUGUUUCUAGUUUUGUUAUAACUUAUUAUGUGUUGCCCAUUUAUGGCAUUUUUUAGUGAUGCAGUUAAUGUUUGACCUUGAAGUUUGGAUGAUUGUUGUGUAUGCUAUUGAUGUAGUGAUAAGAAGAUGAUUCUCGGUUUUAAAUGUCUUUUGGGUAAA